CGGUCCCUGCCGGAAGUUGGUGCUGGGGUGGAGAUACACGCGUGCGGCCGCCGGGAUGAAGUUCGCCUACCGGUUCUCGAACUUGCUGGGCACCGUUUAUCGGCGCGGAGACCUGAACUUCACGCGCGACGGGAACUCGGUCAUCAGCCCCGUGGGGAACAGAGUCACCGCGUUCGACCUGAAGAACAACCGAUCAAACACUCUGCCUCUGGCCACGAAGUACAACAUCAAGUGCGUGGGGCUGUCUCCCGAUGGCCGUCUUGCCAUCAUCGUUGAUGAAGGGGGCGCUGCACUGCUGGUCAGCCUGGUCUGCAGGUCAGUGCUGCACCACUUCCACUUCAAGGGCUCUGUGCACAGCGUCUCCUUCUCCCCUGAUGGCAGGAAAUUUGUUGUCACUAAGGGCAACAUCGCUCAAAUGUAUCAUGCUCCUGGGAAGAAGCGAGAAUUCAAUGCGUUUGUCUUGGACAAAACCUACUUUGGGCCGUAUGACGAGACAACGUGCAUUGACUGGACAGACGACUCCAGGUGCUUUGUGGUUGGGAGCAAAGACAUGUCCACUUGGGUGUUUGGAGCCGAGCGCUGGGACAACCUCAUUUACUACGCACUGGGGGGUCACAAGGAUGCGAUCGUGGCCUGCUUCUUCGAGUCUAACAGUCUGGAUCUCUACUCGCUCAGCCAGGAUGGAGCUCUGUGUGUGUGGCAGUGUGACACGCCCCCCGAGGGCCUGCGGCUGAAGGCCCCCACAGGCUGGAGGGCAGACCUGCUGCAGCGCGAGGAGGAGGAAGGAGAGGAGGAGGACGGGGAGAAAGAGACCACCAUCCGGGGGAAGGCCAUGCCUGCCGAGUCGGAGAAGACGGGAAAAGUGAAAUACUCGCGCCUGACCAAGUACUUCUUCAAUAAAGAAGGAGACUUUAACAACCUCACCGCUGCAGCGUAUCACAAAAAGACUCACCUCCUGGUCACGGGUUUUGCUUCUGGAAUCUUCCAUCUGCAUGAGCUACCAGAAUUCAACCUUAUCCACUCUCUGAGCAUCUCCGACCAGAGGAUCUCCUCGGUGGCCAUCAACAGCUCUGGGGACUGGAUCGCAUUUGGCUGCUCAGGCCUGGGCCAGCUGCUGGUGUGGGAGUGGCAGAGUGAGUCCUAUGUCCUGAAGCAGCAGGGUCACUUCAACAGCAUGGUGUCGCUGGCCUACUCCCCCGACGGGCAGUACCUCGUCACUGGUGGGGACGAUGGCAAGGUGAAGGUGUGGAACACCCUCAGUGGCUUCUGCUUCGUCACUUUCACGGAACACUCAAGUGGCGUUACAGGUGUGACGUUCACGGCCACCGGCCACGUCAUUGUGACCUCGUCCAUGGAUGGCACGGUGCGGGCCUUUGACCUGCACAGGUACCGGAACUUCCGCACCUUCACGUCUCCACGCCCCACCCAGUUCUCCUGCGUGGCAGUGGACUGCAGUGGGGAGAUCGUGUCUGCAGGCGCCCAGGACUCUUUUGAGGUCUUUGUGUGGUCCAUGCAGACCGGCAGGCUCCUCGAUGUUUUGUCUGGCCACGAGGGUCCCAUCAGUGGUCUGUGCUUUAACCCGAUGAGGUCCAUCCUGGCCAGUGCCUCCUGGGACAAGACAGUCCGCCUGUGGGACAUGUUUGAUAGCUGGAGAACCAAGGAAACACUCACUCUGUCCUCCGAUGCCCUGGCGGUGACGUUUCGGCCCGACGGUGAGGAGCUAGCUGUGGCCACCCUCAACUCCCAGAUCACCUUCUGGGACCCCGAGAACGCCAUGCAGACGGGCUCCAUCGAGGGCAGGCAUGACCUCAAGACUGGCAGGAAGGAGCUGGACAAGAUCACAGCCAAACACUCAGCCAAGGGCAAGGCCUUCACCACGCUGUGCUACUCUGCGGACGGCCAGAACAUCCUCGCAGGAGGCAUGUCCAAGUUUGUGUGCCUUUACCAUGUCCGGGAGCAGAUCCUGGUGAAGCGGUUUGAACUCUCCUGUAACUUCUCCCUGGACGCUAUGGAGGAAUUUCUGAAUCGGAGAAAGAUGACCGAGUUUGGCAACCUGGCACUGAUUGACCAAGAUGCGGGGGAAGAAAACGGGGUUGCAAUUCCAUUGCCAGGAGUCAAGAAAGGUGACAUGAGUUCUCGCCACUUCAAGCCUGAAAUCAGGGUGACUUCACUGAGCUUCUCUCCCACUGGGCGCUGCUGGGCAGCCACCAGCACGGAGGGGCUCCUCAUCUUCUCCCUGGACACCCAGAUGCUCUUUGACCCCUUUGAGCUGGAUGCCAGCGUCACCCCUGGGCGCACUCGAGAGGCCCUGCGACAGCAGGACUUCACCCGGGCCAUCCUCAUGGCCUUCCGGCUCAAUGAGCGGAAGCUGAUGCAGGAGACCCUGGAGGCCGUUCCCCCAGACGAGAUCACCGUGAUCAGCGCGUCUCUUCCCGAGCCGUAUGUGGACAAAGUGCUCGAGUUUUUAGCUGCUUCCUUUGAAGAGUCCCGUCACCUUGAAUUCUACCUUCUGUGGACGCAAAGUUUGCUCAUGUCGCACGGACAGAGGCUCAAGUCCAGGGCAGGGCAGGUGCUGCCCACCAUCCAGUUUCUUCAGAAGGGCCUGCAGCGGCACCUGGAGGACAUGGCUAAACUCUGUGACUGGAACCGCUACAAUAUCCAGUACGCUCUGGCGGUUUCCAAGCAGCGGGGCCUAAAACGGGCCCUGGAGUCUCCAGGAACAGAAGAGGAUGAAGAGUGGGAUGAGGAGAGUCUACACCUGCUUGGAGAAGCUGGAGAGGAUGAAGAGGCCGCCGUGUCUUAGAUGGAGCCUCCAGAUGGUGGCCACAAAACCUGCCAGACUACGGGUCGCGCUGCCUGGGUCCUGAGCCGCCCUGCUGGGAUGAGACUCACCUUUGCUGGAGCCGCAGGGCCGGCAGCCGGGAGCCGGCCAGUGGGAGCCAGGACGGGCACAGGUCAGCGGGCCCAGCACGCUGCUGCUGAGUGUGGAUAACGGAACUUUGCCUCUCCUAAGGGGAGAGGUUUGUGGACUCACAUUGUUUUGUCUGAGAGUAAUUUAUGUUUUUAAUGUAUAGAGUUUUAAAGAAAACCCUUUCUAAACGCUUGA